AUGUCUGUCGACAAGAUAGCCCUCGAUGAUAGCCGCAUAUCUCACUGUGAGGCUGUCCUGAACGGCCAAAGAUAUCACUACAUACUUGGGAUUCCGGAACACCAGGCAUUCAGCGCUACGAUCUUUCUUAUUCAUGGAUGGCCAGAUCUCUCAUAUGGUUGGCGCUAUCAGAUCCCUUUUCUCAUUCAGCAAAACAUGCGAGUCGUUGUUCCUGACAUGAUGGGCUAUGGGCGUACUGUAUCUGGACCUCAGGAUGCUCCACAAUCACCGCCUGCUGACUUGCACCUGUAUUCGAUCAAAAGAGCUGCUGACGACAUUGCGGAACUGGCCAAGCAGCUAGGUGCCCCAGAAAUCAUCUUGGGUGGUCACGACUGGGGCGGCGCCGUGGUGUACCGAACUGCCCAAUGGUACCCAAAGCUUGUCACUCACCUGUUCUCCAUAUGUACGCCAUAUACGGCUCCUUCAAGACAAUUCAUCUCGCUGAAACAGAUGGUUGAUGGGCCCCUUCCUCAAUUCGGAUACCAGAUUCAGCUUUCCGAGCCAGGGCUGGAAAAUGACCUGAAAGCCUAUGAUCAAAUUAGACGCUUUCUGCAAGCUGUCUAUGGUGGAAGGUCUGAGCGCGGACGAUCUUGUUUUCGACCGGACAUUGGUCUAGACUUCGAAGCGAUGAAGACGAUUGGGACCGCACCGUCGCUCAGCGGACAGGAACUCAAUCAUUACACCAGCGAGUACAUGCGUCACGGCCUACAUGGGCCCCUGAACUGGUAUCGAACACGACUCAUCAAUUUUGAAGAUGAUCUGAAGCUAGGAACGAAAAUGGUCAAACAACCGGUCUUGUUCAUAACCGGUAAGCUUGAUGAAGUACUGAAGCCUGCAAUGUCUACUGGUAUGGAGAAUUUUAUUCCGCAGCUGAGGAAAGAGGAGGUCGAAACAGGUCAUUGGGCUUUAACAGAAGCGCCUGCAGAGGUGAACAAGUGCAUAGGUUCCUGGCUCAAGGAGAUUGUAUGUAAGAGUAGCGUCAAAUUGUGA